UCAAUACCACCCAAAGACGGUAUUUAUUGUGAUGUAAUGACGUUGGAGACGCGUUUCCUUCACAACUGACGCGACGUUCUCCCUAUUCAAUCUGGCAGGCAAGUGACCUUAAACACAAAAAUGGGUUAGACUGAUGCAGACGCACAUGCCAGCACUACACCGGAAGUGACCUCAGCCAUGACGACGGUUUCGUUGAUAGAAUGUCGGUCGCCGGUGUCGCUGCGGUCAUGCGGUUCCUCCGUCGGCAACUUAAAGAACCGCCGUCGUCUUCAGCAAUGUUUGUCGCACGAAAAGCGGGCCUCUGCUUUCCGGAAACUGGGUGGUGCCGAUUCCCGUACUUCCGGCAUCUUUUCGUGCCCCGAGAACCUGGGAGGAGUACUCGUGGCUUCUCCCAUCCAUAGCCCGAUACCAAGACCACUUCCGUCGCCGUACGGACGCAAUAGAUCGUUACCAACGGACAAUAAGUCACCGGAAAACUCCGAAGACGAGUUCAGCGAGUACGAUCUCGCUGGUCACUUUACCGAGUCACGUGAUCACAUAAGUCUGGCGGUAGUGGGCUCAAAGCCACACCUUCGCGGCAUGUGGGAAGUACCGGAAGUCAAAGCGAAUACCACGUCGCCAACAAAACGCAAUACGUUUUUGCCCAUUAUCGCUGCGUUCAAUUCGAAUGACGCCGAUCAAAUCACUUCAGCUGAAACACGUUAUCGGGAGAGACCCGAAAGCGCAACCCCUGGCAACCCGCCGCCUAGCCCAAUUAACUUUAUGGACGGGUUCGUCGUCGGGGGCCAGAAAAUGUCAUACACGGAGCGGCCAGUCGACACGAAAGUGCAUAAAGGUCGAGAUUUCAAACCCGGGUUCACCCGUCCGCCGGUGCAUUGUGAAAAAUGCGAGGGAAAGAUGAUGGAUCUGGAACAGAGUCAAAUAGUUCUUAAUAGACGAAUGAGCAAAAUCAUAAAUAUGAAGCGGGCGGUCUCUCGUCUCCAUGGUAAUGCGUCAGCGUAUUCCGGUUUCCGCAGCUUUGUGUCCGGUAAUGUUACAUCAAAUUAUGACCUCUUAGUUGACCGGAAAUACGAUACACAACGGAAAUGGUGUCAAACGGCGAAGACGUUUGUAGAACUGGAAAUAAACGCCGAAAAAAGGAGGCUAAAGCAAGAGCGCGAACGAUUUCAGGCGUUUAAAAGAGAACGCCGCCGCGAGAUACGUCAUUACGAAGAGCUUAUGCGCCUGCGCGAGAAGAUAGCGCGAAAGGAAGCAAGGAGCCAACUGAUAUUACGUCAUAUUCGGAGUCGGAUGCCUUUUAUCAAUAACGAUACGAGGCGUCCUUUUCUCUCGAAAUCUGCAAACAAAGGGACAAAGGAGUCGGCAAUAGAUUCAUAUUAUGACGAUUUUCUGGGAAGGAGCGAGUACUUUGCAGACGACACAGAAGACAGCCACUUUGUGGGUCAAUAUACAAACCAGCAACUGUCUCCGCUAUUUAUUGCAAAAUCGAAAUCAGAGAACACCAUGAAAACGCGUCAUAGAACUGACCAAUACGCAAAUAUCAAAGCAGACGACGUCUUCGGUGGAAACGAACACAACGAGUUACGUCUUUGCUGGAGCGACAUAUGGCCGCUUUCUGAUUUGCUAUUUUCGGAUGCUGACAGUCCAUGUUUUCAGUCAAAAGACGUUGAGGCCAUUCCUUUGCGAAAUAAUUAUAAACGAGGCAGUUCACCAUAUCUUUCGCUGCUUUGUAACAGUCGCAAAUACAGUAUACACGAUAGUGCUCAAAAUAGACAUUGCGUUGGUGACACCACGCCAUCAAACUCGACGGCAGUGGCAGUGAACACCGAAGUGGAGGCGGUACAAGAGAGUAGUACAGACGACUCUGGCAGAAAGGACGUGAUGUUCACUUCAGGUGAUAACAGUCAGGAAGAGAGCACAAUGAGCUCCACGUUGAUUAUACCGGACCGCACGAUUCCCUGCAGCCAGUGGGUGUCGUUCACAGGCGACAACGAGCCGGUACUCAACAGUGCACCGGAAGUGGAUGAGAGCUCCGACACGUUCCUCAAGCGCCUGCAGCGCUCCAAACUCGAGAGUCCAAAUGAUUCUUGUAUGCCGUCGGGUCAUGAGUUUUGCUUCGAAGCAGUAGUGGAUAAACGCUACAACCGCUGGAAACGACGCCGACGGAAAAAGAACUCCAAGCGCCAACAGCCGGUGAUCGUCCCUGGCAGCGGCAGCUCUGACGAAAAUGACGAAAGAAACGCUGUUAUAGAACGAAUAAUUGACACCAUGUAUGAACAAAUCCACGGGCCCGUUCCGCAUACCCCGAAUGGAUCCAGCGACACUCCGCGCACGCGCAAUCGCCGACGCAGGGAAAAGGAAUCGUCCAUUAACCUCGUUUCCGGCGACGAUUGUGACGUGGACCCAUCGAGCGGCAAUUACGACGCUAGCUCGUCUUCUUCAUCGACAGAGGCUCUACGCGUCACAUACGAUAAAACUCGACAUAUAGCAGACGGCUCUUCGUACACUACUGAUACUACAGAAUGUACGCCUUUAGAAGUGUAUUCCCCACAGGUCUCCCGCGUUCGACCGGAAGCGAGCGACAGUGGCGCCACCUCGGAAGAUAUGUGCGCUUGGUCGCACAUUGAACAAUACAAACAAGAGAUACUGCGGCGCCUUGAAUACACUCCGUCCGAUCAACUUGACCAGAAAACGUGGCUUCCAGAUCUUGCCAACAACUACGACGACGAAGCAGAUGACAAUGAUAUUGAUGACAAUGACAAUGAUGAUGGUGAGGAAUAUGACAAUUGUGAGUUUGAUGACGACUAUGACAAACUUGUGGAUGAUGGAUGUAUUGAGGACGAGGCUAAUUGUGAUGAUGAGGACAUUGUUUAUGAGACCGAAACAUUUACUGGCACUCAACAAGAGGAUAUUGUUAUUAGCAUGGCAGUAUCACCAAAGCCAGAGGCAUCAAGGUCCAGACAGAUCUAUGCGGAUGUGGUCACAUCACAGCCCCCAGAUAGUAUAACCCAACACAAAACUGAUCCAUCUCAGCAGAAAAAUUCUUACUCCAAGUGGUCAAGAAAGAAUACAAGCAAACCUAAAAACUCUACGGCAGACACGCCAGUACAAGUGAUCAGUACUCCAUCCUUGGUUCGUGGCAGUCAAGUAUCAUGGGGGGAGAUAGAGACCCACCCAAAGCGACAACCACCAUUUGUACACACCAGCAAGGACUCUCAGAGACAGAAGCAGAACUCUUUCAAACAAAAACAGUCCUUGUCAAGUUCGGGUGGUGUCAAACGCUCGAAGGAGCCAUACAGCACUAAAAAGCAGAAUAUAAACCUACCGUCCCUUGGCAAGAACGCCAAAUCACAGACCAUGCCGUUUGUUAUCAACAAGAAAAACAACAGACCUCAUAAACAGGACAGAGUCACGAAAAGCUCUGACCUUUCAAGUUUAAAGGAUCUGUCAAUACGACCCACGCCCCCUGCCAGGGAGAGGAAGCCCCAAGGGGCCAGGGGGUCAGAGGUCAAGGUCACAGCGACUGUCCGUGACUUCCUGUUCAGAGACUACUACCUAAGACAACUCUAUGGCAACAAAUCCUACAAAAAUGAUUAUGUGCAGUUUUUGUGAAACACUCGUCUGAAGAAGACGCUAACAGCAGACAAUCUGAAUAUCAGGUGGAAGCAGAAGAAAAAGACUUUGUUGCCAGAGAAACCCUCUGAUCUGCAGUUCACUCGAGCCUUCACGUUCUCAAUGUUCGAUCUCCCAGCCAUGUACAGAGUGUAUAACAAUAACUUGGAACGCAAUGCCAGUGGGGCAGAAACUCGUGUUUGAUUGCAAUAUUGAUGAAUAAAAAAUGAAAAUGC